AUGAAGUUCAUCACCUACAUCACCUCUACAGCUACUGGUACUACAACCUCCACAGACCCCUCCAUCCACAUUGUAACAGGUCAAUCCCAAUCAACAACACACAGCCCUGAAGUAAAGAACCAUACCUCAGAGCCUUCAGUAAAAUCAACAACAUCGACCGACUUGAAUCUCACCUCUGUGGGUCAAACGACUACAGUCAGAUCUUUUUCUGUCACUACAACACUGCUAGCAGUGACUGCGCAAGAUGAAAAGCCUAGUGGAAGCAGAAGCACAGCAGCUUCAUCACCUCAAGGUCAAGAGCCCAAGAGAAGCGAGAGUACCACAACAUUAGCAGCUCAAGGCACCUCAAAGCCAGUCACCCCAACACCAACAUUCUCUGGCUACUUGCCUGUGCCCACUCCUACAGAUGAUAAAUCACCACUGACGGUGGCAGCUUUUGGUGUCAUCAGCUUCAUAGUUAUUCUGAUUGUGGUUGUGAUCAUUCUGGUCAGCGUGGUCAGCCUGAGGUUCAAGUGUAACCGCUCAAAGGACUCAGAAGACAAACAGAAACCAGGGACCUCCAUGGUAUCAGAGAGCUGCUCGGCAGACACAAGCCAGAAGGAUAACAGCAUCACUCUGAUCUCCAUGAAGAACAUCAACAUGAACAACAGCAUGAGUUACCCACCGUCAGAAAAGGUUUCCCUUUUAAGCCUUGCUUUUUAG